AUGACGGAGGCCGCGUCGUCGGUCGUGAUGUCGUCUCUCAUGCGCGUUCUCGUCGUGUCUUUCGUGUUUUUGUGGCCGGUACUAAGCGAGGAGACUAGCUUGACCGACCGUAUGCGGGCGAUCAGCGAGGAUCUGGACCGACAGCUUAACGAGAUAAUGGCCUCGCAGGCGCUCAGCUAUUCGACGGUGAACACCGUCGGGCUGCCCUACAACGCCACCACCAAGUUCAAUCCGAAGGGCAUGGGCCAGCUGUACAAUGUGACGAAUAUAUUCAUCGAUAUGGUACAGAGCAAGCAGGCGUAUCCGGAGGGUAUGAUCACUCUGGUCGACGGUACUCCAACCUUUGUGGACCCUCUCAAGGAAUGGAAAAUUAUAGUGACGCAUUACGGAGGGUUGGCUGGUCUUGCUCUGAUCGGACUUAUCUUGGCAGCUACUCUUCCCUGCGCCGGUCUCUUUUUCUGCUGUUGCCGAUGCGCAGGACAUUGCGGUGCUCGAAGUCAGCCCUUCGAUAAAAAACACGAUCAUUGCAGGAAGAUUAUGCUCAGCAUCGUGUUAAUCGCUGUCGCUACUAUUAUUCUAUUCGGCGUGGUGUGUGCCUUUGUGACGAACGAGUAUAUGCAAGAGGGAACCAAAGAGCUUACAUGUAAAGCCAAGACUAGUCUGAAAGACGUCAAACUCUACUUGACUACCACGAAGAAAGAGAUUGACAAUUUGCUCAAGACUAACCCCGAGGAACUUGAAGUUACGCUGAACAAUAUCCUGCAGGCAAGCGGCAAAAUCGUCACCGAACAACUGGCGGAAUACUCUCACGCCGUCUCUCUGACGAAUCUGAACGACAUCGUUGCCGGCUUAGAGUCGAUCAAAGAAGAUCUAAAGUUGAUGAAUAAGAUCACGCAGGAAUUAAGGAUAAAUGCCAGUCAAUUGGAUAUUGUUGUUCGUGGUGUCAAGAAGAAUCUACUUCACACGCUGGCUGCAUGUACAACUGAUAAGUGCCAACGGGUUCUGCACGAUUACAAAGUAAAUCAAAUGUCAGUACAAGUGGAUUUCGAUAAGUACAUGGACCGUUACUUCCCAAAGCUGCCAGACGUUACAUUUGCGUUACAUAACAUUACCGUGCUCAUGGACAGUAAUAUAGUAUCGGAAGUAAGCCAAGGCAGGGAUUCGUUUCUGAAGAUUCAGAAGGAUAUACAACACGCCGUUAAUCAAACGAUCCCUGUUGUCAGUGCGAGUAUUCGACGAGCCUGUAACUAUCUGGCGAGCAUUGCCAAUAACAUGACUGCCCUUAUCGACAGGAUAAAUGUCGACAUAGAUAAAGUAUACAUGCGACAUUUAGAAGUUGCCCAGAACAAUAUAAAUCAGUAUUCGCCCUAUAGGUACUAUCUUGGUCUUGGUAUAUCCGGUAUUCUUCUGACUGUCUUGAUGUGUUUGACAUGUGGCCUUUUCUGCGGUAUUUGCGGAAAACGUCCAGAUGGAUAUGGAGAUGAUUGCUGUAAUAAGGGAUCAGGAGCACGAUUCCUUAUGAUGGCUGUGUGGAUCAUCUUUCUUUUAACAAGCAUUCUGAUGGUUAUAACUGUUGUUCAUAUGAUAACCGGAGUUAUGGCCCAACGUGGUAUCUGCGAACCUUUAAAAAAUCCAAAAGACAACAGAAUGUUCGAAUUGAUCGAUGAGCUCGUGCAAAUCAAGAGAUUACUUUAUCCGAAAAAUCCUAAUGCGAAUAUUAAUAUGAGUUACAUUGUAACCAAAUGCCACGAAAACGAGACGCUUUACAACGUGCUGAAUCUGAAAAAUGUGUUCGUCGUUGAGAGCCUCCGUGAUUACAAUGGACGUUACGACAUUAAUGAUACCAUCCAACAACUGCGCCGUAAGAUCAGCCUUUCUCCCGGUGUAGUAAUUCUGAAGGAUAGCGCGAGAUCCAAGCUGAACGAUCUAGCACAGAGCGGUCUCAGCGACAUCAAGUUCUAUCAGUACGCCGAGCUACUCGCCGAGAACAUCACGAAUAUUAAUUUGGAACAUCUUGCCAAACAAUUACGAGAGGUUUCCGCUAAAUUGCCGGAAGGACAAGAAGAAAUCAAACUUAGUCUUGAAAAAAAUGCGCAUGACUUGGAACAUUAUCACAGAGACUUGGUCAUGCCCAUGGCUAUGCUCAGCGAAAAAUUAAGCGCAAACGCGUUGACUCUUCAGGAGACUAUUAAAUUCAAUCAUAGUUCAAUGGCGGAUGCUAUUCAUGAUUUAGUAGAUGAAGUUACCAAAGCGCAGCAAUUCCUAAAUAAGGAUGGACCGGAAUACGUUCAAUAUCUUGCUACUAAAUUUGGCAAUGCGUUUUUGCAUCAAGUGGAUAAAUUUCUCGAACAUGUCAUUGAAUCUGCAGUUUAUAAGAUUGGAAGAUGUGCUCCCGUGUCAAAUGCUUAUAACGCAACGCUCGUGGCCGGAUGCAACAGAAUUUUGGAUCCAUUCAACGGCUUCUGGGCAAGCGUUGGUUGGUGCCUGAUCCUGUUCAUACCAACUAUAGUUCUCUGUGUGAAGCUGAGCGCUCUGUACCAAAAGUCGGAUCCAUAUCCGGGACCUCUUGUCGAAGCUGAAUAUUUGUAUGACGCGUACGCAGACAGGGAUAACAUACCCCUUGCCCACGUCCACGACAAGAAGCACAUGUCUCAUAGACAUAACCCCGCGGCGUACGUCGAGAGUUAUGAUGGACCGGCGAUGGGAUACGGCGAACGCGAGAGGAUCCCCGAUGCCCAUCAGAGCACGUCGCACCAUGACUCACGAUAUUCCGAUCUGGCGCCUAAUUUCACUCUAUCAUGGCGAAAUCACAAACAUACCGCCCCUUCAAAAACAGAACCUCACAGUAAAGUCUUUAGUCUAUCACUAGAGUCGCAAAAUUGGGAUUUCCCCAACGGUGGUCCGCCAAGAUAUCAACCAGCUGCCGGGACUCCGCCUCCUUUAAGCACUGAAUACGAACGACCACCACCCUAUUACUAUCCUGGGCCUGUGUAA